AAAUGCAGAGAAACUAAUUAAAACACCAUCCUAGCAGCUGUAUACAUCAUUCGUUCUUAUACACCUAACAGAUAUCAUGGGGGCAAGUGUCUCCGUACCAAAUGAUGAUCCUCAUUAUCCUGCUAAUUCUAAUCAAGCAACUGAAAUCAAAGAGGUCUCGAGUGAGGUCGUGAAAGACAACUUGGCAUCUGACAAUUCAAAAAUUACAAUGAAAAAGAUCAAUAGUAAAACAGAAAUACCUGCAGCCAUAAUUAAGGAAGACAGUCAGACGGCCAAACCAGUUCCACUUUCUGGUAAUCGUAGUGCUAAAACUGUGGGUCCUGAUAAUAAGAAUAGCAAAAAUAAUGAUAAGCUAGCACCGCCACUCCCUCACAAGUACAACUGCAUUAUACAAGAAGCAGAUACGAACAUAAACCAGUCAGAGCUUCACAGUCAUCUGAGCUCUGGGAUCCUCUUGAAUCAAAAGAAACAGAAGUACUGGAUUGACGAUUCAGGUUGCAACUGCUUUAUGUUGUUUCCAAGGAGUCUUGCCAUAACUUGGGCUGAAGACAAGCGGUAUUGGCACUGGCCUUCCGUAAAAGAAUCAUCAACAAGUGAUGAGAUGGCAAUUGAAGUAGCUGAGCUUUUGAAUGUUUGUUGGCUGGAGGCAAAUGGAAAAUUAGACAUAUCAAAACUCACGCCGGGAGUAAAAUACGAUAUUUUAUUUGUAGUAAUGUUGAAAAAUUCAGCUUAUGGAUGGGAAGCACCAGUGAACCUUAGACUAGUACACCCAGAUGGAAAGAUACAACAACGCGAAGAGAAUUUACAAGUCAAGCCAAAGUCACAGUGGAUAGAACUUCACGUUGGUGAAUUUCCAACACCACCACAACCUGAUGAUAAACAAGAAAAAGAAAUUCAAUUCUCUUUGUUUGAAUACGAAGAUGGAAAAUGGAAACGGGGGCUCGUCAUCAAAGGAGUCAUUCUUCGACCUAAGAAAUAAAUAGGUUCGUAGACUAUUCAUGUAACCAGGCGAUGACAUGUUCUAGUAGCAAUAACACUUUCACGUGUAAAGAAAUACUUUACAUGAUGGUGUAAUCCAGUGCUUUGUAAGGAGUUAUCCAAUUAAUAAGAUCAUGGAAUGAUUUCAACUACCUGUCAA